AAAUUAUAAUAAAAAUUAAUAUAUCCCCCCUUCCCGGAGACGCCGUCGUUCAGCGCCGGUGCCCUCCGUCCUCUCGCUGGAACAUCCUAAGGAACCAAACUCAAUGAAGAGAGGCUGCAGCUUUUCUUUCCACACGGCCGCCGUCUUUUCGGCUAUCGCUUUCAUAUAUUUCUCUACGAUCUUCAUUUUCAUAGAGCGUUGGUUUGGUCUAAUGUCUUCUCCAGGCAUCAUGAAUGCCGUGGUGUUCACUGGCGUCGCCGGAAUGUGCAUUUUCAACUACGCCGGCGCCAUCAGGAAGGAUCCGGGUCGGGUCCUGUCGUCUUACGUUCCCGACAUUGAAGAUGCCCAAAAUCCUGUCCACGAGAUCAAACGCAAGGGAGGGGACUUGAGAUUUUGCCAAAAGUGUUCGCAUUUUAAACCUCCACGUGCGCAUCACUGCCGUGUUUGCAAAAGAUGUGUUCUACGAAUGGACCAUCAUUGCAUCUGGAUAAAUAAUUGCGUCGGCCAUGCCAACUAUAAGAUCUUCUUUGUCUUCAUUGUUUUUGCUGUGAUAUCAUGCAUCUAUUCUCUGGUUUUGCUUGUUGGUAGCCUAACUAAUGAUUCCCAAAAUGAUGAGCAGCAAACUGCAGACUCUUUCAGAACAGUCUAUGUUAUUUCUGGAUUGCUGCUAGUGCCCUUAACCAUUACUUUAAGUGUUCUAUUAGGUUGGCAUAUCUACCUCAUUUUGCAGAAUAAGACUACAAUUGAGUACCAUGAAGGGGUAAGAGCUAUGUGGCUUGCAGAGAAAGGAGGAAAUGUGUACAAGCAUCCAUAUGAUCUUGGUACCUAUGAGAAUCUCACCAUGGUGCUAGGUCCAAAUAUCCUCUGCUGGUUAUGCCCCACAUCAACUCACAUUGGUUCUGGUCUCCGAUUCCGCACAACCUAUGACAACAUAGCUGGUGCAUCAAUAACAAAAUGAAGUUUCAAGUCUCACUGCUUGUGGCAUUGUCUUGGCAAAUAACAAAAAAUUUUAACUUUAAGUGAACUGAUGGCUGCUGACGGCAUGAUACGGCAAUUCCCUUUUAAGUUGUUCUAAGCUUGUAAGUGAUCAGCUUGUUGUAAUUUGGGAAGGGGAGAGACCACUGUGCACUUUAGCCUCAAUGUGGACUCAGGUAGCUACCAAAGCUGUUCAGAGGCAAUGAUGUCGAACAGUGGAAGGGUCUUAGGCAAACCAUCUUUUGAAUUGGUGGGGGUUCUCAAUCUUUUUUCUUUUCUAAUUUUGUGGUGGGUUUUGGACAGUGAUUGUAGGGACUUGCAAAUAGGUGUGUAGUUAAUGUAUAAAAAGAGGGGAUCAGAAUACAAAGAGUAAGGUUAGAAGGGAUACUGGAAAGGGCUGCAAACAGAAGUGUGGAUCACUCGUGUAAAUUAAGGCGUUGUAAAGUCUUUGUUGUAACUUGAAACCCAAACAAAUGCAUCAAAUUUGAGAUCUUUCACCCUUUUUUUCCCAGUGGAAUAAACUUAAAUUCUGUUU